CAUCUGUCUGUGCUGUCGUAUUUAUCGGUGGGUAGCAAACGAAGUUGGCGGCUCUGUAAGAAGCGUGAACACUGAAAGGAGUUUUCCGUUCCACUAGGCUAGCGAUCCAAGCGCUCGAUGAUUAUGGAGCGCGGUGGUGAGACUGAGGAAAGCCAAGAAGAACUGAAUGCUAGGUCUCCUUCUCCCAAGGCUGACCUGGACUCAAUGCUCCACCGUAACCCCUCGCCCCCAUCUAACCAGGAGGAGGACAAAUCCCAUCUGGAGAGGGAAUCCAUUGGGGAAACGUUGUAUAGCAAGCACUGGCUCUUCAGCACCUUGACCUGCCUAAUCCAGACUGUGGUCAAGCACGAUGCUAUGGACCCAGGUAUCCAGGUGGAGCUGCCAGAGGAAGAGGAGGGUAGGCUGUGUAAAAUGUGGGACAUGGCAAUGGAUGAGGAUGUGGCUGGCUUCUUACAAGAGUUCAAAGCCACAGAUAUCCUGCUAGGAGCCAUUGCUAAGUCUCACUGUCCGCGGCUUACGGAGAUUUGUGUGGGGAUCUUGGGAAACAUGGCCUGCUUCCCUGAAAUCUGUCUCUCCCUCAGUGAUAACAAGGAUCUUGGGGAGGUGCUUCUGCUUCUUCUGGGAGAUUCAGACCCCCCAACACUACUGGAGACAAGCAGGCUGCUUCUCACCUGCCUUGCCCAGCCCAGUGUUGCCCCCCAGUGGCUGGAAAGGUUUCGGCAGCAGGAGCCAGUUUGCUCCAGACUCUGCUUCAUUAUGUGCAGUUCCACCAAUGUGGAUUUGCUGGUUAAGGUUGGAGAGUUGGUAGACAAGCUGUUUGACCUGGAUGAGAAGCUGAUGAAGAGCUGGAUCACUGCUCGGCCAAGCGAAGCCGAUACUGGCAGUCAUCUGCUGCUUGCUCCCUCCCUGCUAGAGGCUGCCAAACAGCUCAGAGCUGAGAGCCCAGAAGGUCUAGAGGUUUACCUGCAUGCCGUGCAACUUCUCACCACCGUGGAGGAAGGAAUCCAGGCUCUGGUGGAGCAUGAUGGGGUUAGGGAGCAGGCCUGGACCCUGCUGUGUGAGGUGAUUUGUGAGGACCUGUGCCAGCUGGAUGACCCCCCCAUUAUUCUGCAGGAGCAGAAGGGCCUGCUGGCCUCCACUCUGGCUGUGCUGUCCAGCCUCUCUGUCUGCCAGGAUCAGCAGUACUGCCAGCUGGAAUGCAACUUGCCUCUGCUUGGGAGCCUGCUGCGAGUGCUACAGUACCUGAGUGAGUGUCAGCAAAGGGUGAAAGAGGGCGAGGACAGCUCAGGCAAGGGACCAAGAGAGGAUGACGUACAGUUGCUGGCCGUGAGGGAGACAGCUACAGAGUUCCUGGCCCACAUGCUCACCAACCUUAACAAGGAUGUGUUAUCAGAGCUGUUGAAGAGGGGCUACUUGACCAAGGACACCUGUAUGUCUGCAGUGAAGUGUUUACUGCCACAGCACAGCACUGCGGUACAGUAUAUGGUAUCCCUGCUUUCUGAAGCUGAGCCCAACAUGGCAGACAUAGUGAGAGUGAAGUUUUCCACUCUGAAGUCCUGAAACAUGUCACUUCCUCCCGCACUCAGGACCACCUCUCCUGUGUAACCUAGCAUAUUUACAAGUCGAUGCCAAUGUUCCCCACGCAUUAACACCAUCAAAGCUGCAUGUUUACCAAUGGGUUUACAGCCCUCCAUUUUACAGGACUCGAGAGAGAGAAGCCCUUGCUGGUUUCUUCACCAUUUUCAGGCUGCUAGCUUAAAGAAUAUGGAUCAGAAUUUUG